AUGCCCAAAAUUGCAGGAACCAGACUCAUGGUCAAAGAGAGGGGAGGAAAAGCCCAGGUGGCUUUCCGCAAAGCACUAGGUAUGCGCGGGGAUCAAGACACCCAGUUUCAAGAGAUAAAGCACCGCAUACGAACCCUUGCGAUGAAGCACUUCGAGAUCGGUCGAAAACCUCGGGAACAGGAGCAGAUUUUCAAAGAGCGAUUCUUAGCAGAUGUUCAAGAUGCUUUUCCGAUUUUUGGAGAUGACGAGUGUGCAAAUGCGCAUUUACUCAGAUACGUUGAUCGAUAUCUUCACGCCAAAGCGGUGCCGAGUUCGCGCUUCUAUCAAAUGGUACACGGUAACGACAGUGCAGAUGAAGAUUGGAUAGGGGACGAUGAUCAUGAUGAGGCUGGCAGCGUCGAGGAAUACAUGCCAGCGAAUUCCGACGAGCUGCCGGAUCCUCUGAUCCUCAACAGAUCCCAGACGACCUCUGAGUUGAACGAGGUAAAUGCAGGAGCUUCUCGUUUAGUCACCUCUGGUGGCGUCCAAGAUCCGUUGGCGGCCAUGCCAAUAGAAUAUACCACCUCGCGCAAGCACAGCAAUAAACCAUGGCAUACGUCGUCCGCGAGUAGAGUAUUGGUGUCGAAUGACUCCUACGAUACAACACCUAUCAGGAACUUCCUCGGUCACGCAGCGCUCGGUCAUUUACUGGAGGAGCUUAUGACACUAGGCAUCAAGAAUCAGUCGCGUCUUCUUCUUGUAGCAACAUGGCCUGAGGAGGACGUCAAUAUCCUUUUGCGUGAUUCUGUGCGAGAAAGCAGAAUCGACAAGUUUGAGGCGCAGCAACUUGUCAUUGCUUUGCGUUCUCUCCAUCGGCGAUCUAUGCAGGCUGGUGACUGAUGACCAGUGACUUCGAUGCCUCAACAUACAUUUCGAGCCAGUUGCAUUACUUCUCCGCAUGUAUGGGUCUGUAUACGGUCUUCUUUAGCGAUUAAGAAAUUAGCAGCCUCCCACUGGUGGGAGUCCAUUCGCUUGAUGUUUCUGUCACAAGUUACAAUCAUUUCAUUUCGCGCAUGCUUUCUCAUCGUAUCGCUUGUUAUGCCUGCCAUUGCACAAUAAUCGGUUG